GCUAGCUAAGAUGGUGGUUUGAGCGUAAUUUGUCUCAACAAUACCAAGAAAAGAGAGGGGCAAACACGCCGUUAUAGCCUUUUAACUACACGACAACAGCACGCGUACUGUAAUCCCAACCCGCCGCCCCAGACAGAUCGGGACAUUCGGGGUGUAUUCGGCCAACAGUCGCCGCCCAACUCGGAGUGACUGGAGUCAGCUCAACACGGACAGGCCCUGUGCUCUGUGACCAGCCUCCGUACUCACCCUCGCCGUGCAAUAGGAUGUCCCACAGCCCUGAAAUGAAGGACGACCCCAUGGAGUGCCCUCUGUGCAUGGAACCGCUGGAGAUUGAUGAUGUCAAUUUCUUCCCCUGCACCUGUGGCUACCAGAUCUGCCGCUUCUGUUGGCACCGCAUCCGGACAGAUGAGAAUGGCCUCUGCCCAGCUUGUAGAAAGCCAUACCCAGAAGACCCUGCUGUCUACAAGCCUCUGUCACAGGAAGAGAUCCAAAGGAUAAAGAACGAAAAGAAGCAAAAACAGAAUGAAAAAAAGCAGAAGGUGACAGAAAAUCGCAAGCACCUGGCCAGUGUGAGAGUGGUCCAGAGGAACCUGGUGUUUGUGGUAGGGCUUUCACAGCGACUCGCUGACCCAGAGGUCUUAAAACGACCAGAAUAUUUUGGGAGGUUUGGAAAAAUCCAUAAAGUGGUCAUCAACAAUAGCACAUCUUACGCAGGUUCACAGGGGCCUAGUGCCAGUGCUUAUGUCACUUACAUCCGCUCUGAAGAUGCUCUACGAGCAAUACAGUGUGUGAACAACGUGGUGGUUGAUGGCAGAACACUCAAGGCUUCUUUAGGUACAACAAAAUACUGCAGUUACUUCCUCAAAAGUAUGCAAUGUCCCAAACCUGAUUGUAUGUAUCUACAUGAGUUGGGAGAUGAAGCAGCUAGCUUUACUAAAGAGGAGAUGCAGGCAGGGAAGCAUCAAGAAUAUGAGCAGAAACUCCUCCAAGACCUCUAUAAAAUUAACCCAGGCUUUCUACAACCUCCAACAUGUGGGACGGAGAAGUCAAAGAGUAAACCCAACGCCACACAGAGAAGCAACAGCAGCAAUGGUAAAGAUGGGUGGCCAACACUGUCAGGGCAUAGCAAACUGGCCAACGGGCUUUCAGAAGACCGCAAAUCCCCUCCACUACUAGACUAUUUAGACCAAGAAGCUAUUAAUUCAGACGGGUUAGAAACAGAGCUGGGUCCUGGCCAGCGUACUGCCUUGUCCCCAUUCUCCUCUAACUGUGACAGCAACAGUCCCAGUGACAAACCUACAGACUCAAUCGGUAUGGUGAAUGGAGAGACUUUACAACAGAUGCCCACCAGUGACUCCCCCUCCCCUCCUCCAGGGCUAACCAAACCCGUCCUGGUGGUGCCAAUAAGCAUAACAGACCUCUCGGCCCGUUCACCCUUUGAGGGUGCGGCCGCUGAGUCCCAGUCCCUUUUUUCAGACAACAGUAACUUCAGACAUCCUAACCCUCUCCCUGCUGGCCUGCCCCCCUUUCCCAGCUCUCCACGUGGCAGUUCUGAUUGGCCCAUGACCCCCGAACCACAGAGCCUCUUCACAUCAGACACAAUACCCGUGUCUUCAUCUACAGACUGGCAGGCGGCCUUUGGUUUUGGCUCCUCCAGUAAACAACAGGACGACGACCUGGGCUUCGAUCCUUUCGACGUGACCCGCAAGGCUUUGGCCGAUCUGAUGGAGAAGGAGUUGACGGUGCAGGAUCAGAAUCCCUUGUCCCCCGGGCCACUACACCAGGGGAGCAACCACGGCCUGCUCCCGCCCAACCCCAGCGGCAGCUCCCACCACUUCCCCAGUGGCCUGCCACGCCUCCCCCAGCUCCAGCAACACAGACCCAUCUACAGCUCCUUCAGUUUCCCCGGCAGUCACAACAGCCAGGCCAGUCAGCAGCAGCCGCCCUCCGCCAGACACCCCUGGAUGGGCAUCCCCACACGAAAUAACCUCACACACUUGAACCACUCAGCCAGUGCUGCCUCACACAGUAACUUUCUGGACCUGAAUCUGCCCCCUCAGCACAGCACAGGGCUGGGAGGGAUCCCCAUCUCAGAAAACAGUGGCUCUAUAGACGGCUUAAAUGUGAAAGAGUGGCAGGACGGCUUGAGAGCUCUCCUGCCCAACAUCAAUAUCAACUUUGGUGGCCUCCCAAACUCCUCCUCCUCUUCAUCCUCAUCAUCCUCCAACAGUGUUAACCACAUUGGUGGGCCGGCAGGUCCAGCAGGCAUCUCGCACAGCCUGAGCUGGGAUGGCACAGCCAGUUGGAUGGACCCUGCUAUUAUUACAGGCAUCCCCGCCACCGCCGGCAACAGUUUAGACUGUCUUCAGGACGACAACCCGCCACACUGGCUCAAGUCCCUGCAGGCGCUCACAGAGAUGGACGGCCCUGCCAGCUCCGCCGUGCCCACUCCCCAGCCCCUCCACAGCGGCCUCCUGGACGGCCACCUCCCCCUCCACCACAGAGCCGCCAGCGGCUGGGCUCCCUACAUGCCCCCCCCCACAGCCAACCCCGCCAGCCAGUUCCACUCCCCCCCGCCAGGCUUCCAGACCGCCUUCAGACCCCCAGGACAGCCCGCCACAGAGCUACUACAGAGUGCCGCUGUGGAUCGCCACUGAACACAGACUGCAGCAGACACCCAUCCAUUCCCCCACUUCCACUUUAUUCCCACUCAUCCUGUACCCUGCUCCCUCCCUCUCCCCCCUCACCCCCCCCCAUGCAAAACACACCAAUCUCUGCAGAGUAUGAUAAAUUAACAAAGUAACAAACUUGCUUUCUUCUUUUUGUCCUCAUCCUUCCCUUUUGUCUACUCUGAAGGCCUGUUUGUUUUUGUUUUUGUUUGUGGCACAUGAGUUAUCAGUACCCUUUGUCUGCUGCCAUCACCACUCUGUAGAGCAGUUCUGGGCGUAACAUGGGAUUCAUUGUGUAGCUUUAGUGUCAUCGGGGAGCACAAGAGUCAGAAUAGCAUUAAGUGCCCAGUGGUGACACAAAUUAACUCCACAAACAGGCAAAGAAACAAAUUAGCAGAAGUGAGGUCUUUAAAAAAAAAAAUAACUAAUGAUUAAGCAUGAAAACAUUUUGUGUUUUUUGGGAAAGUUGAAGUCAUGAUUCGUUUUUUGAGGAAUGAAGCAAGCUGUGAAUCUGCUCCUUGAAGCUUUGCCCCGAAGCCCCUCAUCCUCCCCACUCUUAACAAAAGACUGUGAAACGGUUCGACUUUACAGCCAAGUUGUGAAUUUGGCGAGGUGAGAGAGAGAUAAGAAAGGUUGGCACUUAAAUUGUUUGGUUUUUUUUCUUAUUGAGAGUGGGUUUAAAAAAAAAAGAUUAAAAACAAGAAUUGCAGAAGCAAGGAUUUGGUGAGAGAGUGAAUACAGAUGACGCAGAGGAGUCGAGGGCACAAGCUUUGCAUGGGCUCCCUGUUUGGUAGGCACACAAAUGGCCUGCCUGACAGGCCGCUUGGCUUACACUCUCUUUAGCGAGGGGCUGCGAUUGGCCCCGUCCCGCUGGAGGGAGAAUUUGCUGAACCUCUGUAUCAGAGGGUGGCGCACUGCCUCACCACAGGGAGCCAGGGCUGUGGGAGAUCAUGGCACACAUCCUGAGCACUAGGGUUAGACUCUUACUCACAGUGCCACUGUGUGGUACCUGCAAUAGCUAGCCCUAACAUGGACAGCCACUGCAUAAACACAGCAAUGCCUACACGAAAAAGGAUACGUCAAAACUAAAACAAAACAGACAAGGGUAGUCAAAGGGUUAACGGGUCCCAUUGCUAAACCCUCGAGGGCUUAAACGAGGCCUUAAAAUAGACAGGUGAGAGAAAGGAGCUUGAAUGUUUCGAAAGGGGAGUGUUGAUGGCUGCUGAAAAUAAUGCAAUAUUGUAUGAUUUCAGCAGCUGAAUGCAAACGUGCUGCAAGACAAUACCAAGUACUGUAGUUCUCAAUCAAGGAGCUCUCAGACAGUAGGAUUUGAGAUCGACCUCUAUGACCGCCGCCUUUUUUUUUUUUCUUUAUUGAAGUCUUAAUUCUGAUCCGUGUUCGCUCUGUCUUUUCUCUCUCUUACCCACCUCCCUCCCUGCACCCUCCCCUAUUUAACAGUAUUCACAAAAUGAACAAAGUCAUCCAGGAGAAACCAACACAGCGUCAUACAGUGGGUUUUAACAUGAUGUUGCAAGGAAAUAAACAAUUUGGAGGCGCUUAAAGGAAGUGAACUGUCCUCUGCAGGUCUGGAAAAAUGAACCUUAAAUAAAACUGAAAACUCAGA